AUGGAUUUUUCUGUGAGCAACCCAGAGCGUGUGAACACUGGCAGGAGAACAGACGUUCCACGUCCAGUCUCGCGAAGAGGUUACAGGGAAUAUACUAACAGUGGGUCAACUUUAUCAAGAAGUGGAACAAUGAGGCCUACUUCGGCAUACAGAGGAAGCACGGCUUCCCGUCUCUCGACAGCUGGAUUCGGUCCGGCACCACCCACAGCGAGCAGACAGCCCACUGCUAUGACUGGGUUCUCUAUGAUCGAUAGACCAAUAACCCAGCAAGGGUUAUCUGGUCUUCGAACAAGCACCGCCAGGGGAUUUCGAACACGGCAACUUCAAGACAAGCGAUAUUGGGAAGAACUGAUGCAGGUCAAGGUUAGAGAGAUGAAGGCGGAGAUAGCACGGCUGUCAGAGCAAGCAGAUGCAGGAGAGAGAGAAAAGUCCGCAAAAAAGCAUUAUGAGAAGAGAGUCAGAGAGUUAGCCCAGGAAUUGACAGAUCUACAAGGACGUUUAGCGGAUUACAACACAGCCAUUCGCAUCGCUAAUGGUGAGGCUACGAAAUUUUCGAUAGAGGAACAGACAAGAGAAUUGGAACUCAACAACAAGAAACUACAAGAGGAAGUCGAACAGGUAUUUUUAGAAAAGCAGAGGAAGGAGAAUCAACUGCGACAGCUGAGAGAACAAGUGGACAAGGAACAAUCAACAAUAUCUCAUUUACUUGCUGAGAUGACGCCAGAGCAAAAAACACAAUACAAUGAGUUGGAAACAACAGCUGCAACUCUAAGGGAAGAAGUCGAACAAGCCAGAAUACAGAUUGAUCAUCUGAAUCGAGAGAAGGAAGAGUUUACUAAGGAAAUAACAGGCUCGCAGAUAAAAAUGCACUUGCUGGAAUUACAUCGCAGAUUAGCCGCCGCUGAAGAAAAGCGAGACAACUUAAAAAAUGAAAUUAACAAUCGUUUGGAUCCGCAAGAGGAGAGAGAAAAAUUACUGUUGCAAGUACGUGAAGAUAACACAGCAAUCGCAUCUCUGGAUAGUAAUGCAACUAAUCUUAAAGAACAGAUUCGUAAAGUCCAAGAACUUAUAGAACAAGCUGAACAGGAUCUCGAAGAAGGAAAUUCAGAACGACAUCAAAAAUACAGAGAAUUAAAGAAAAGAGAGGAGACAAUGGACGCAUUUAUGUCAACUUAUGAAGACAAUCUCAAAAAAGAACAGGAGAAAAUUGAACAACUAGAAAAAGAUAUCGUUUUUGCUUUGGAACACAGCAGUUCUAAUAUAGAUCUAGAUUUAAGUGAAAUUGAUUCUUUAAAACAAAGAGAGGGAUAUUCAUCUCUAUACGAUGAUAGCAAGAAGACAAUUGAAAGUUUAACUAAAGAUUAUGAAAGAUUUCAAGCUAAUUUAAAAAAGGCUGAAGCUACUCGAGAACGUCUUGCAACAGAACUGCAAACUCUACCAGAAAAAACGAUGGUCAUGAAGGAGGAGCUAAAGACUUUAACUGACUUAGAAAAAUUAAGAGAAGAAGGUGAGGAACAGAAGAAAGCAUUAGAAAGUGAAAUGAGGAUGCUUAAAGAAAAAUUAGCUCCAACGGAGAGUGCUGUUAUGGAAGCCUCCAGUAAACUAAGAAAGUUACAGGCAAGUCUAGACGGUAAUGAAAUGUAUGCAAAACUGAACAGUUUAGAAGAACAGAUCGCGCAGUUGGAAAGUAGAAAAACGGUACUUGAAGAAGACAUAGCUUCUAUAACUUUAAAAGCAGAUUAUGAACCGAUAAAGAAUGAAGCUUUAGAGGAACUAGCUGCUUUGAACAAAAGAAUUAUACAAGAUCUUAAUAACAAUAAAUCAUAUUAAAAUAUAGACAAGUGAAAGUAAAACGUGACCAAGUUUUAUGUUCUCUAAAUAAAUAAUAUUAGUAUAAAAGGGAUUU